AUGGCGGCGGAUAUGCCGGAGGCAACAGUACAGAACAUUCUGGACCAAGAGUCUCUUAAAUGGGUUUUCGUCGGAGGGAAAGGAGGUGUCGGGAAGACGACAUGCAGUUCUAUCCUCGCAAUUUGUCUCGCCAGUGUUCGAUCCUCCGUUCUCAUCAUCUCCACCGACCCGGCUCACAAUCUCAGUGAUGCGUUUCAGCAACGCUUCACUAAAUCUCCCACUUUGGUUCAAGGCUUCUCCAAUCUCUUUGCCAUGGAGGUGGAUCCUACCGUUGAAACUGAUGACAUGGCUGGUCCAGACGGGAUGGAUAGUUUAUUCUCUGAUUUAGCAAAUGCGAUUCCUGGAAUCGAUGAGGCAAUGAGCUUUGCUGAGAUGUUGAAGUUGGUGCAAACAAUGGACUAUGCAACUAUUGUGUUUGACACAGCUCCAACUGGACACACUCUCCGCCUGUUACAGUUCCCUGCCACGCUAGAGAAGGGGCUUUCAAAGUUGAUGUCUUUGAAGAGUAGAUUUGGUGGCUUGAUGAACCAGAUGAGCCGUAUGUUUGGCAUGGAGGAUGAGUUUGGGGAGGAUGCUCUGUUGGGAAGACUUGAGGGUUUGAAAGAUGUGAUUGAACAAGUAAAUCGGCAAUUCAAAGACCCGGAUUUGACAACGUUUGUUUGUGUCUGCAUCCCCGAGUUCUUGUCUCUCUACGAAACAGAGAGACUUGUUCAGGAACUCGCCAAGUUUGAGAUUGACACACAUAACAUUAUCAUCAACCAAGUAUUAUACGACGACGAAGAUGUGGAAUCCAAGUUGCUUAGAGCAAGGAUGCGGAUGCAACAGAAGUAUCUGGAUCAGUUCUAUAUGCUAUACGAUGACUUCAAUAUAACAAAACUUCCUCUGCUUCCGGAAGAGGUCACAGGGGUUGAAGCCUUGAAGGCGUUCUCUCAUAAGUUCUUGACGCCGUACCAUCCACCCACGAGCAGAAGCAAUUUAGAGGAAAUGGAGAGGAAAGUACACACAUUGCGUUUGCAGUUGAAAACAGCUGAAGAAGAACUCGAACGGAUGAAGAGUGGCUAA